GGGCCGGGGCCGGGGCCGGGCUCCCCUGAUAAGGGGCGGUGUCCGCGCGGCCCCGCCUCCGUCGCCGGCUGCCCGCCCCGCGCUCCGCCCGCUGCGGAAGGGCCGGUGCCGCCUCACAUCCGUGUCCGGAGGGCGCAGACGGGCGGAGCCCAGCGGCGUGGCCUCGGCGCCCGGGGAUUUUUCCACCGCGUACUCCUGCAGCCCGUCACGGUCUGUGAUGACAACCAUUUGCGACCUCCCCGAAGACGUGCUGGUGGAGCUGCUGUCGCUGCUCCCAGCCCAGGAUCUGAUCCGCACCUGCAGACUGGUCUGCACGCAGUGGCGGUAUGUGGUGGAUCUGACCACCCUAUGGAAACGCAAGUGCCAGCGCGAGGGGUUUUAUAUUCAGAAUUUGGACAGAAGCGUCUCUGACUGGAAGAUCUUCUAUAUGCUCUGCAGCUUGAAGAGAAACUUAAUCAAAAACCCCAGUGCCGAAGAGAACUUUCAGCACUGGAAACUUGAUAAUAAUGAUGGAGAUAAAUGGAAGAUUGAGGAUCUGCCUGGAACUCAUGGAAAAGACAUGCCAGACCCCAAAGUACACAAAUACUUUGUCACUUCAUAUGGGCCAUGCUUCAAGUCUCAACUCAUUACCCUGCAGAAAGAGGGAUACUGGAAUCAGCUGAUGGAUGAGAAACGGCCUGAAAUUGUAGUCAAGGACUGGUACGCUGCCAGAUUUGACUGUGGGUGUCGCUAUGAACUUACAGUGAGGCUCCUUUCUGAAGACUACAUUGUCCUUGAGGAGUUCCACCCUGAGCCAGUGGUUAUAGAGCAGUGGAAUGAUGCAGCAUGGAGAGAGAUUUCUCACACCUUCCAGAAUUACCCAGCUGGAGUUCGUUACAUCUGGUUUCAGCAUGGAGGCCAAGACACCCAAUUCUGGGCAGGAUGGUAUGGGAUCCGAGUGACAAACAGCAGCAUCACCAUUGGGCCCCUGACACUGUUAUGAAGGCACAAUAUAAGAGUUUGCUUUUACCUCAGGACUGUAACCAGGUGGUCUCAGGUGCACUUAUUUGUACUCUCCGGGCGAGUGUCCUGGCUUUGUCUUGCACAACUGAUCUCAAAUACAAGCAGCUAGUUCUCCUUGUUCACAGCAGAACUUCUGCAGGCCCAGCCCUUUGGAAGGACUUCUGUCUUCAUCUUUCAGCCUCCUGUACCAUGGAUGUUACUGCAAUUACUAGUGCCCUUCUACAGGAGGAAGACUAGGACAAUUAAAUAUGACAUCUGUCUCUUCUAGUUAAUCUGUCCUUGUGCUACAGCCAAAUACUGUCUUAAAUAGAAACCCUUUUUUGGUUGUUUAUGGAACUUACAAAAGAUAAGGCUAAAAUGUUUUAUUUCAGAUUAUCAGUGCUGUCCUCAAGGGCUCUGCUACAGAGAGACUUGUUUUGUAUGGUAUUUUCCUCUUUCAGUUUAAUUCUGUAUAAAAACAUGUAUCUUUCACAUCAGACCUUUCAUAGCAUAAGGAAACUGUCAACCCUUUUUCAUAAAUGCCGUGUCACUGGUACUUAA